AUGGACUUUGGACCAUCGGGAAUCGGGGGUGGCAAGGCACAAACAGGCUCAUUCCACAAGGCCAUGAGCCAUGUGGUCAAGAAAGCCUGGAAACUUCUUGCAGGUCCAUGGCCCAAGCAGCCCAUGGAACCUCAUAACCUGAGCUCUUCCUCUCCCUUCCUUUCUCUCCCUCCCUCCACCCUCCCUCCCUCCACUCUCCCUGCCUCCCUCCCCUCCUCCCUCGCUCCCUUCCUCUCCUCCUCUCCCUGGGUCCUCUCCACAGACUUGGGGGCAACGGGGGCAACAGGAGAGGCCUCGGGGUCCUGCUUCCCAGCCUCCUCCCCCACGGUGUCGGCCUUCCUGGCGCCGAUCCUGGGUAUGGAGUUUGUCCUGGGCCUGGCGGGGAACAGCCUGGCGCUCUUCAUCUUCUGCUUCCACACGCGGCCCUGGACGUCGAACACGGUGUUCCUGGUCAGUCUGGUGGUGGCCGACUUUCUGCUGAUCGUCAACCUGCCGCUGCGCGUGGACUACUACUUGCUGCGCGAGCGCUGGCGCUUCGGGGCCACCGUCUGCAAGCUCAACCUCUUCCUGCUGUCCACCAACCGCUCGGCCAGCGUGGUCUUCCUCACGGCCAUCGCACUCAACCGCUACCUGAAGGUGGUGCGGCCCCACCACGCGCUGAGCCGGGCCUCGGUGGGGGCGGCCGCCAGGGUGGCCGCGGGGCUCUGGGCCGGCAUCCUGCUCCUCAACGUGCACCUGCUCCUGUCGGCCUACGCCGGCCCCUGGUGCCUCAGCUACCGGCUGGGCACGGAGGCCUCGGCCUCACUGCGCUGGCACCAGGCCCUGUUCCUGCUGGAGUUCUUCCUGCCGCUGGCGCUCAUCCUCUUUGCCAUCAUCAGCAUCGGGCUCACCAUCCGGCGCCGCAGCCUGAGCGGGCAGGCGGGCCCGCAGAGGGCCGUGCGCAUGCUGGCCGUGGUGGUGGCGGUCUACACCAUCUGCUUCUUGCCCAGCGUCAUCUUGGGCAUGGCGUCCAUGGUGGCCUUCCGCCUGCGUGCCUGCCACGCCCUCGGCCUCUGCACGCAGCUCUUCCACGGCUCCCUGGCCUUCACCUACCUCAACAGUGUCCUGGACCCCGUGCUCUACUGCUUCUCGAGCCCCAACUUCCUCCGCCAGGUCCGGGCCCUGCUGGGCCUCACCCAGGGCUUCCAGGGCCCAGCUAGUGACGAGAGCUCCUACCAGCCCUCCGCCCGGCGCUGGAAGGCCUCUAGGAAGGCGCAGGCCGUGGAGAAGCUGCCGGUGGAGGUCCCACUGGACGGCCCGCUGAAGUGAGAAGGUCCCUCCCGGCGCUGGGGGCUCACAGGGCCACGGGAGUAAGGAUGGCCGGGCUCUGACUGGACGGUUAAGGUUGCCAGCACCCGGUGCCUCAACCAACUGGACACCUGCAGGAGCCAGGUGGGUGGCAGGGGAAGGAGAAGGUCUUGACCUUUCAGAGCAGUGUGUCCCAGAUGACAUACCCGGAGCACAGGGAAGAGCCUGGUGGCAGGUGGAGACAGGCAGGGGCUGCGGCAGCUCCCGUGAAGACAAAGGGCCCCACGUCUGCCCCCAUCCAGGGGCCCGAGUGUGAUGACUGUAAGGCUUGCUUUGGAGAUCGGACAGCCACCUUUUCUGUCAUCUCCAACUUGCCCCUUUCAAUGCUAAUAAAAUUCCUUUUGAAAAUGCGA